AUGAAUCAACCUCUAUAAAUUCAACACAAACUUUUAAAUUCUGUCAAAUCAGCCGUAUUUCUUUAAAUUCUCCUAAAUCAUGAGUAGAAAAUUCCGCAAUGAGCAACUCAAACUCAAGCAGCUCAACGCAGAAGUGCAGGAAGAGUUGGACAGGGUCAAAUUGCAGAGGGAAAAAAUUUUCGCGCCGAUAAUCUGGAAGGAUAUCCCAGCUCAGGGUCUCCAAAUUCAAGAUUUGAAGGUUCCGAUGUUCGAAGAGUCCAUGAAGCUGAUUGAGAAACACUUCCUCGACGAAGACCUGUUGUGUCGAAACGCCAACCUGAGCAAGGAUCCAGUCUCAGUCAAGUCUUUUCUUAGUAUUGUCCACUUCAAUUUGAAAUAUAGACAAUCUAUAGCUCUGGUUGAUGUCGAAAACAAAAAGAUUGUUGGCGUUCUGAUUCUGAAAACUGUCCAGAAGAACGACUGUGGUCGCGUUUUUGACAGAGUACAAAUGAUCGAAGGAGACGCAUUCAGAGAAGUCAGUAGAUUCCUCGGUCAAGUAACCAGGAAGUUGGAUAUUUAUGAAUAUUUCAACAUCGAUACAUAUCUCGAAUACGUGUUAUUGUGUAUCAAGAAAAACCAUAGACAUAGAGGUCUUGGUUAUCAACUAAUGGAAUGUGGGCUGAGUGUUGCAAGAGCCCAGCAAUGUCCAAUUGUUUCUGGGAUUUUCGUAACACAUAAACUUCAAAAACGCGCUGAAAAACUUGGAAUGAAAAUACUGUAUAAGCUCAGUUAUCUCGAUUGGAAGGAUGAAGAUGGAGAGAUGAUUUUUCCAGAGCCUGGAGCAGGAAAUUAUUAUUGCGCAAUGAUGGGUGGUGAAGUACCCCCACCACUACCUCCACCGCCACCUCCAAAAGAAGAAGUCGUGGUGGUUGAGGAGAAAAAGCUGACACGCGUUGAGAGACUAGCUCAAAUGGACAAGGAUAAGUCCAAGUCACAGAGGAGGACCAGUUUAUUGAAUCCUUAAGAAUAAUAUCUAUUUUUCAAUGCAUCUAGAACAAAAUUUUGAAAACAUUGUGGUCGUUUUCGAUUAAUCGUUAAGUUGAAAUAAAUCCUGAAUACAUAAUCUU